UCAUGGUGUACCAGACGCCCGGAAGCACUCCUUUCCUGUGAACUACUAUGUCCUCCAAACUCAAGCGAACUUACGGCGUACGGCCUGCUCGCACAUCUGUUUCAUCCCCACCGUCAGAAUUAUCCUCAUCUCCGCCGAGAGCUGCACUUAAACGCAAGAGACCGCUAAUGGAACAUCUAUCCUUCACCAAUACGCUCUCGACAAAAAGGUCAAAGCGUGCAAAAUCCAACGACAAGGGCAAACAGAAACAACUCACUCAACUACAUUUUACCAUUGAUUCAUCUGUGCUCAGGACGUGUCCAUUAUGCGAUCUUUCCUAUACGACGGGGGCACCUGAUGACGAGAGCCUGCAUAGAUCACAUUGCGCAAGAGUGCAAAGAGGUCUGGAAUGGGGAAGGGAAGAGGAGAGGGAAAGUAUCAAAGCAGGAGUCGAGGAGAUCUCUAGCGAUAUUAGGCUCAAGAAUGGCACCAAGGGACGCAUUGUAUGUUUCCGUGCUGAAGUUCCUGGCCGAAUCGGGGCUAAGGUGCAAAUGCUACUUGAUACGAUCAAUCUAACACUAUCGUCCCCACCAUUAUCUCAAUCUGUAUUGCAAGCUUCGAAAGUCUAUCUUUUUCUGCUUCAAUCUCCGCCAUCUAGUACAGCUGCAUCAUCUUCUCGGCGGGAGAAGAUUGUAGGUUGUGUGAUCGCACAGCGAAUCACAACUGCGAUGGCUAUCGUGUCCCCUCCAUCGCAGGAUGGCACUAUGAAAGAUCCACUACCAUCAUCACCGAUCCCUGUCGAUCCCUCUACAAAUCUCUACGUAUGUCCUACUCCAUUACCUACGCCAAUGGGAAUACCGCGACUCUUUGUUUCUUCCACCCAUCGAAGACUAGGAAUCGCCUCACGUUUGCUCACGGCUGCGGCCGAUACAUUCAUAUUAGGUUAUCCACUGGACCCUGCUAAAGGGGAAGUGGCCUUUACUCAACCGACAGGAGCAGGCAAAUCUGUUUUGGAGAAAUGGGGUAAGGGAGGUGUCAGGAUCUAUGAAGAGUGAAGAGUAUUCCCUCAAUCUAGUUGCCAUUUCGGCCCGCAGUUGGUCCUUAACUAUCUUCGUGCAUAUAACUUAUACCUACUGUAUUCAUACCAUAUUCUUGAUGUGCUGCAUUGACGACAAAAACAUAUGGAUAGUUCUGUGGUAUAGAGUCGUGCUGUGUAAAAUAUGGACCCUCCGAGAAUCGAACUCGGGACCCCUGCAUUCAGAUAACCACAUAAGUACAAUGCUCUACCGAUUGAGCUAAGGG